AUGGCUCAGUCUCAGGAUAGGUGGGCUUCUAAGAUCCUAGCUCUCCCAAUUUUCUCAGAUGAGUUUGCCCAGGCGAUUUUGCGCUCGCCAUACUCGAACCUGGCGCUGAUCGCCGCAAUGGAGGUGCACUCUGCUGGUGAGUUCGUGGUGAGAGUUCAUGAGUGGUCUUCGUCGGUUCCUGAAGACUCGAGAGAUGCACUGCUCAUGAACGGGUUCAUGCUGGAGCAAUACUGGAGUUUGGCUAGUUCUAUUGAAAAAGCUUUGUUUGAAUCUACAGCGAACCAGCUCGGCUUUGGCAUGUGUGAUCCCGUUACAACAGCUUUGAGUGCAGAAACUGCCAGUGCUAGACAAGCUCGGAAGAUCCUCAAGAAGACGGAGUCAGAUCCCUCCGCCACGCCGUUGCUCAACCAGGAGACAGCUGCUCGCUGGAAGUGGGCGGCAAAGCUGGAAGAGAUAGGCAGGAGGGCUGGCUCGUGCUCCAAGCUUUUGGUGGACACCGCCAACAGUGAGGGUCUUUCGACGGCUGAAACGGCUCGUCUUAGGCAGUUAGUUCUUUCCUCAGGGGCACCUAGAACCAUGGCAGCCCAUAUUUCAACCUGGGAAAGGUUCGAAGAGUGGUUGCUAGGUGAGGGUAUCCCUGUUUUCCCCCUUAGUUCUGAUAUGAUUUUGAAAUAUGCUCUGUUUUUGGACCAGCGUGAAUGCGGUCCGACAGUAGUUCCAUCGCUCAGAACAGCCAUUAGAUGGGUCACCUCUAAACUAGCAAUUGACUGCCCCGAUUUGGCUCACGCGGCACUGCUCGCCGUCCAGGCAGAGAUCGUCCAGAAAAGGGCGACCACCCUGAAAGAGGCCAACCCGAUCCCGAUCGAGGUGAUAGGGUGCAUGGAGAAGUUCGUGGUUGACGAAGAAGAGGCCGAAGCGGCUCGUCUCUUCGUUUGGUGGUGGCUUUGCAUGGUCUUUGCCUCUUUGCGUUUUGACGAUGCAGUCCAUGUGAAGCCGAGUGAGCUUAUCCUCACGGAUGAAGGCCUGUUCGGCGUGGCGUGGCAGACAAAGGUCGAAAGGAAGAGGAGAGGAACCAAGUUCGUUGUCCCCCAUGUCGGCUUCGCUGACUCUGGAUGGCUGCUCGCUGGUUGGAGCAUUUUCCAGCUGGAGUCUUUCGACAGAGACUACUGGAUGCGGGAUUUGAACACCCGCGACGCGUUCAGAGAUGCGCCGGCAGCCUAUCAACGUUCAGUUCAAUGGCUCCGCCACCUUGCCAAGUUCGCCUUGAAAAAGUACUUCCAGGGCGAGGAGCAAGCGAUCAAGCUGGCAGAAUCCAAGCUACAUGGGAUCACUGCACACUCUGCUCGUGUGACGCUUCUAGACGCAGCGGUGCAUGCUGGUCGCUCGACGGAAGAGAUCGGCUUGCAGGCAAACUGGAAGAAUCCGGGCCCGCUCGUUUUGAAGUACACACGGAAUCGCACGCGUGUGCCAGCUCAGAUGGUUCAGCAGCUUGUGAAGGACAUGGUCGACCACUCCCACCCGUUCGAGGUGCCAGCAGAUGCGGUGCUCGAUGAUGGCGCCGAGACCGCUCUUGAUGAAGUUCAGUUCUUCGUCAAGACCCAUGGCUCCAGGGCGAAUCAAGAUUUUCGCUUUCAUUGCUCGCAGGUGGGCGAUACUUCACUGGUGCCCUGUGGACGCCUCACGAUCGAGGAGUGCACAGAGACUGGCUCAGUCCUGCCUGACCCUUCACUGCUCUGCAAGCGCUGCGCCCAAGCUCGCCCUGAUGUGGUCUCGAGUGCUUCACUGCAGUGCGCACUCCAGGAUCGUGUUGUGCCUUAG